UUUGGGGAUGAUCAUCAGACUGGCUGAUUUAGGAUCAGAAGCUUAUCUCACUGCAGUGAAUCAUUCAUCCGUUCACACACGAUGUAGCCACAACUGCCCUGGGGAACACGGAUGGAGGCGAGGCUGUUCGCUCCGACCACCUCCAGCAGGAAAGUAGUGUGAAGUGUCUUGCCGAAGGGCAAAAUGACUAACUGGGCUGGUAUGGAACCUGCAACCCACUGAUUACAGGGCAAACCCCUGAGCCACUUUUGCCCCAUAACCACAGACCAGGAUGUAGUUUGUCCCACAGGCAGGUGGGUUCUAACUCCUAGAACAUGUGGAACACCGGUGAGUGUUUUAGGCUGAUCUCAGAACUGUCUCACAGUCAGUCAGCUGUAGACUCCACCAAUCAACUGUGUUGCUUUCCUGGAAUGAUGCAGCAAGUCUGUGCUGUUCUGCUGGAAUGACGGAUCAGGGUUAGGGUUGGAGGACCUGAUGGGGACAGCCCAGAUCGGAACUCAGGUUUUAGAUUCAUCCUCAAUUUGAAUGAAUAAAAAAGAACAAAAGUCUCUCCUGACUCACCUGGUUGCUAGGGCAACCUCUCUCUCCCAAUGAUACCUGAGCAGGUGUGGUGGAUCGCAGUUACCUGAGCUGCUGAUGAAUGUUUGAUGAAGUCUGUCAGAGAUCCUCCUGCAGGACAAACACCUGAACAGGUAGACUGUCCGAGGCGCUGCAGAGCUUCAGCUGGCAGGUAACUGCUCUUCAAACUUCUCUUCUUUUUCCAGGAGUGCAGGUACUUAUCCACCUGUCACCUGUGACCCAGGAGUCCAAGAACCAUCAUUUUUGUUGAAUGUCACACACCUACUCAGGUGUUUGUAUUUUCUUUUGUGGGGCAGAACAUCACUGCUGAGUGGUUCUGGUUUUGCAGAAGGUCUGUUUUAGUUCCUGUGAAGCUUUUGUUGUUGGGUUUUAUGAGGCACACCUGGAUCAGAUCUUUAGGUGUUGGUUGGUCGUUUUAUUUUUUUGUUUCUGCAGUCAAAUGUCCCCUUAGUGAUUUGUUCCAAGAACAAAACACCUGAGAACACCAGGAACCACCAGCAGUUGAUGGUGUCAAGAUGUCUGAUGGGAAGCAGCGAACUCUGUCCACCUCUGGAGAGUCUUUGUAUCAGGUACUUGGCCUGGAGAAAGGCUGCAGCCAUGAUGACAUCAAAAAGUCCUACAGGAAGCUGGCGCUGCGGCACCACCCAGAUAAGAACCCAGACAACCCAGAGGCAGCGGAGAAAUUCAAGGAGCUGAACAGCGCUCACGCAGUCCUGUCCGACCUCACCAAGAGAAACAUCUAUGACUCAUACGGUUCUCUGGGACUCUAUGUGGCCCAGCAGUUUGGAGAAGACAACGUCAACACCUACUUCAUGCUGUCCACCUGGUGGGCCAAGGGUCUGUUCCUGCUCUGUGGAGUUCUGACUGGAUGCUACUGUGGCUGCUGCCUCUGCUGCUGCUGUAACUGCUGCUGCGGGAAACUCAAACCAGCUGCCACAGGUGAGGGGGCGGAGCCAGAAUAUGUAUCCCCCGACGACCUUGAGGAAGAGAUACGCAACAACCCCGACAAUGACAUAGAGACUCCAGUUGUCCACCAACCAACCAAUGCCAGCGAGAAGACACAGCUGAUUGGAGAUGGACAUCGUCGCUAUGGAGACAGCUUCACCUAAGGGCCUGAGAAGACGAGGACUGCAGUCUCACCCACUGCGAUGAUGCGUUCAACUCAUAAAACAAGUUCAUAAAAUCAUUCUCAUCAUGGACACUUACUGAAGCAGUGUUCACAGAUGUAAUCUGAUUACAUUCAGAGGGAUCUCAGAAACACCUGAUGUAAUCUGAUUACUUCAGAUGUAGUCUGUGUAUGGGUUUUCUAGAACCAUUCAGCAGGUGAAUUUCACAUUAAGUGUCUUUGUAGUAGUUUUAUUUAAAUUAAACACAUUCUUUGAUUGGCCAUUGGACUGUUGCUGUGGAGGCGGAGCUUAAGCCAGCAGAAAGAUCACACCUGAUGUAAUGGUGUAAAUAUUGCGGGUUGACAUUUGUUCUUUCUGUUUAUUAACACCUGUUUUUAUCAGACAUUUUCUUGUUAAUAAACAACUGAAGUGUGAAUUACAGUGUUUCUACUAAUCUAUAUCAGCAAAAGUAAAUGUCAAAGUACCCUAACCUGGAUGACUGAGAACCAUCACUAACAAAAAGUUUGUGUCAAGUUGUUAAGGGGCCUGCCACUCGACUUCACCUGACGAAAUGGUCUAUUUAUUUUUAUUCUUCUUUUUCCGUAUAGGUUAAUGUGGCUCUAGCAGAAGAAUGCACCCCAUAGAAGUUCUAUGUUAGGCCCAGUGCUUUUUAACCUCUAUGCUCCCUCUUGGCAGUGUCAUCAGGAGGCAUGGAGUCACCUUUCACA